AUGGCUAAACGACAGGCGAUAGAGGCAGUCGAUCGUACAUUCCAAGACAUUAUAGGUGUUAGUCUCCCAUUUGGUGGAAAGAUAAUGGUUAUGGGAGGUGACUUCAGACAAGUGUUGCCGGUUAUUAAACGUGGCACUCGAGCACAGAUUGUAGACUCCAGCGUACGAAUGUCACCUCUUUGGUCUUUGACUAAGAAGAUGCGGUUGACCAUAAAUAUGAGAGCGCUAAAAGAUCCAUGGUUUUCUAAAUUUCUUUUAAGAGUCAGCGAUGGAACUGAAGAACCAAUCGAAGGAAACUAUAUCCGCAUACCCGAUGACAUGACAAUUCAGUGCAACAACAGAGAAAACGCUAUAAAAGAAUUGAUCCAUGCCAUCUUUCCAUCAAUUGAAGAUAAUGUAUAUUCUUCAGAUUAUAUAAUCUCUAGAGCAAUAUUGUCCACUAAAAAUGAUAGUGUUGACGAGAUUAAUAAUCAAAUGAUUGAAAUUUUUCAAGGGGAGGAAAAAGUUUAUUACAGUUUUGAUGAAGCUGAAGACGAUCAGCGCAACUUCUAUCCGGUCGAGUUCUUAAAUUCGCUAAAUGUUAGUGGUUUGCCGCCUCAUAAGCUUCGUUUAAAAAUUGGAUGUCCAAUAAUAUUGUUACGUAAUAUCGAUCCAUCACAUGGCCUGUGUAAUGGCACGCGGUUGAUAUGUAAGGGUUUCAUGCGAAAUGUUAUUGAUGCGGAAAUUGCAGUCGGUCAACAUGCCGAAAAAAGAGUUUUUUUGCCAAGAAUCCCUCUAACCCUUUCUGAAGAUGACAUGUUCCCAUUCAAGCUGAAAAGAAAACAAUUUCCAAUUCGACUUAGCUUUUCCAUGACGAUUAAUAAAGCUCAAGGUCAAACAAUUCCGAAUGUUGGUAUUUAUCUACCGGAUUCUGUAUUUUCACAUGGACAACUUUAUGUCGCGUUAUCAAGAGGGAUUUCAAGACAAAGUACGAAGGUGUUGGUACAUCUCGCCAAAGAAUUCAAACAACGCGGAGUUUACACAUCAAAUGUUGACUACCAGGAAGUGUUGCGUGAUUAA